CGUAACUUCAGCACCUCCAGGUUUCUAUACGAAAUAUUUAUUGGUUCUAUAAGGAAUCCCCACAACUAGUACGACUUUAAAAAGGCAGGGAUCCUAGAUGUACACACAUGUAGGACUUAGGCAGUAUAGGUACAUAGGUAAAAACAGGCAGGGAACCUCGGAUACCAACGCUUCACCUCCACUCUUUUCCGUUCGGCGUCAACCUUCUUCAGUAGGAUCCACUCAUUAGAGUACUGUAGGUACCACCAAUGACCAACCUAAUUCAUGUAAAUCUAGCCCUGAAGGUUUUCUACCUAGGUAGGCAUCCUGAAUGCUCCUUCCCGCGUGGGAUGGUAUGACUUCCACAGCUGCAGCUACGUAACAGUAGACUAAAAACUAAAAAACUAUGCCAGCGAUUUCCUUAAAAAGCAAGGAUGAUGGAUCGCUUACGCCCCUGGACCCCCAUAAUGUCCACAAUGACUACUCACAAAUCUUCCCAUUACAACCCUUAGCUAUUACCACUUCUUCUACUACUCUUCCUGAUACUGCAACCAGCUCCGCCUUACCCGCAAGCCUAGUCAAGGUCUCAAACCCCACGUCGCCAGCCUCCUACGAUACAAAUAUUGCCGCUUCCUCGUCAGAUUCGACCCAAGACCUUUCUACUAGAACUCCUCGCUCCCCGUCGAGCACGAGCCAUGAAUUCCACCAAACCGAACUCGACUUCCAGGCUAAUCCCAACCCUGCCGUUGAUAGUCGAGGAUCAAGGAUCAUGUCAAAAGCACCCCUCUUGAUUCGCUCUUCGCCUGGGUUCGGAACAGGUUCCUACGGAGCUGCUCCUAUCCACCCUGAGAUCACGGACUCGGAUAGUGAAGGUGAUGUCUCAACAUCAUCUCGCCAAAGACGGUCCAACACGGAAACCUCCAACGCCAGGCGACGUCACUCUGCUAGUGCCGGUCGCUCUGGAACAUUCCGAACAAGCACAUCGUCUCUAAGUCGAAGGAGAAAAAGCCAAUCCGAGGAGAUUGGAGGAUCUACUGUGGCAGAUGGCCUCGAUGGUCGUUCUAGUGUUAGCGAGAGACCUUUAACGAAUGAUUUGGCAUCGGAUACGAAGUCGGACGACUCAACCGUCGACGAUGAGGAUGGCCUCCACGACGCGAACGAAGGAGCCGACUACGACCCUCCUGAUAAUUCUCCCUACGCUCAAGUCCGUGCUUCAGUCUCGCCAAUCGAUAAUACGGCCCUUUCCAUAAAUACACCUCGCAUGUGGUUUCUAUCCACACUAUUCUCUAUACUUGGUUCUUCUACCAAUCUCUUCUUUUCCUUGAGAUACCCUAGCGUUUCCAUUACACCAGUCAUAGCGUUACUUCUCGUCCACCCACUUGGUCUCUUGUGGGAUUAUAUUUUGAAACGACCAGACGACCCUCCUGAGGAGUUCGAGGAUGGCGUGCGAGUAGAUGACUUAUCCUCAUCGUGUAGCGACGGCCAGAGCUCCACUGCUCUUAAAGAGAGAGGCCGCGCGACACGCCUCCGCCUUUGGUUGGCUCAAGGUACUUGGAAUGAAAAGGAGCAUAGUUGCGUAUACGUGAGCAGCAAUGUGUCUUUCGGGUUUGCGUUUGCGACGGAUGUCAUUGUUGAACAGACACAAUUUUACAAACAAGAUGUCGGCAUUGUCUAUCAGCUCCUACUCACACUUUCAACACAAAUUUUGGGGUACACUUUUGCCGGCCUAGCAAGACGGUUUUUGGUACGCCCAGCCGGAAUGAUCUGGCCUGGUACACUGAUGUCUGCUGCUAUGUUCACCACACUUCAUAAAGAGGAGAACAAACCGGCGAAUGGAUGGAGCAUCAGCAGGUGGAAGUUCUUUUUCAUCGUCUGGAUAUCAGGUUUCUUCUUCUACUUCCUUCCCGGGUUACUAAUGCCAGCAUUGAGUUAUUUCAAUGUGAUUACUUGGUUCGCUCCAGAUAAUGUUGUGGUCGCAAAUUUGUUCGGAGUCGCCUCUGGCCUAGGUUUGUUUCCUCUUAGCUUUGACUGGGCUCAGAUCGCCUAUAUUGGUUCGCCUUUACUCACCCCCUUCUGGGCCGCAAUGAAUGUCAUCGGUGGACUGGUAAUAGUGAUGUGGAUUAUCGCACCAAUUGGAUAUUAUUGCAAUCUAUUUUAUUCGUCUUACAUGCCGAUUCUCUCAGCAUCCGUCUUCGAUAAUACUGGCAAGAUUUACGACGUCAGCAAAAUCCUUACGGCGGAUUUCUUAUUCGAUAGAGAAGCGUACUCGAACUAUAGCCGUGUAUUUCUACCGAUAACCUAUGUUCUCAGUUAUGGACUUCAAUUUGCGGGGUUAGCAUCCCUCCUUACACAUACUACUUGUUGGCAUGGCAAGGAUAUUUAUGUUCAAUGGAAGCGCUCCCUACAAGAAGCGGAUGGAGAGAGUAGGCCAGCAUAUCAGCCACUCGAGAGCGAAAGCAAUGGGGAUACUCCUAAUAGGGAUCACCCAAGCAUCACGAGAUCUAGCUCUACUUUUGACAACAUCUUAAGUCACGAAGAUGUCCACAAUCGUCUCAUGAGGAGAUAUAAGGACGCACCCAUCACGUGGUAUCUAUUGACCUUCGUCUCAAUGACAAUAAUCGGUAUCUUCGUCGUCGAAUACUAUCCUAUCCAUUUGCCGUGGUACGGACUAUUACUCGCUUUGGGGAUAUGCGCUGUCUUAUUUAUCCCGAUAGGCAUCGUGAUGGCCGUGACAAAUCAACACAGCUCGAUUUACCUCAUCUGCCAACUCAUAUGUGGUGUUGUCUUUCCUGGGAGACCUGUCGCUAACAUGGUUUUUGUAACCUAUGGCUAUAUAUCGUCUGCUCAGGGCAUUAAAUUCGCGGCAGACUUGAAACUUGGCCACUACAUGAAAAUACCGCCGAGGCUCUUAUUUUCAGUGCAAAUGGUUGCGACGAUCGUCUCGUCGGUCACACAGAUCCUUGUACUCAAUUGGAUGUUUAUUAACGUCCCGGGUAUUUGUACACCCUCGGCUAUCAAUGGCUUUACAUGCCCGAUCGCCCGUGUCCAUUUCAACGGGUCGAUUUUAUGGGGUGUUGUCGGCCCAGCCGAAUUCUUUGGACCCGGUGCGACCUAUCGCCCUUUGGUAUGGUGCUUCUUAAUUGGAGCAGUCGCUCCGAUCCCUCUGUGGUUAUAUGGCCGUAAUAAAAAGUCGAGCAUCGUACGGAAGAUAAACCUUCCUGUCCUGUUUGGAUCGCUAAGUUGGAUCCCGCCAGCUACGGGACUCAAUUUUUCGGUUUGGGCUGUCGUUUGCUGGGUCUUCAACUACAUGAUUAAGAAUCGCGCGUCGGCUUGGUGGGCAAAAUACACCAUGACUCUCAGUGCCGCACUUGACUCAGGCUUGGCGUUUGGUAUCGUUGUCGUCUUCUUUGGCUUCAUUUAUCCAGGUUGGAUGAAAGGAUUCAGUUGGUGGGGAACGGAUGUCUAUAAACAAGGCUGUGACUGGCAGGCAUGUUCAUACAAUACGGUACCUAACGGCUCUCAUUUUGGUCCAGAUAAAUGGUAGAUUAUGGCAUAUCUUAGAUUUUGGUCAUGGGAUAUAUGUGACUUCGCAGAGAUGAUGGGGAAUUAGCGAGACGUAAAUCAGCGUCUAAAUACGAACUAGAAUCUGGAUUUGGUUACACAUAUCGAUAGAUUCUACAAUAGCAAUUUUAGAGCAUAAAUAACACUUGAACAAU